AACAAGCAAGCCGACGAGUGCGCUAUAUGACAGAGUCGGUAGUUUGUACUGACUGGUUUUGUCGCCGAGAUUUCAUCCUGUCUGGGUUAUAGUAUAUGUAUCGUUGCUUGUACUUAGCUAUUAUAUUCCGGAAUAAGAAGUACCUUUUUAUUCGCGAAAAGGUACCUUGCAGGUACAAGCUCUCACAAUGAGGUUCAUAUUCAGUGCGAUUAAAAGAUUGCUGAAAGCAAUUAUAAAGUUGUCGUUAUACUUAGCAAUAAUCGCUACCAUCAUUGUUCUCAUCCCUAAUUUACCACCAUAUACAAAGUUUACCACUAUCAAUGUGUCACCUAUGCAACCAAGGGUUGGCCCUCUGGCUACUAAUGGCGCAUUAAAUAAUGCUGGUAAAGCAUACAAUGGUAAACUGCUCGGCCCCGAAGCAUUCCAAGUAUAUAAAGGUGAACUGUACACCAGCCUUGCUACUGGAGAAAUAGUAAAAUUGACACCUGAAGGACACGUCACAUUUGUUACCUCAGUUGGCCAACCAUGCAGUGGCUCAAUAAUCCAUGAACAUAUUUGUGGUAGACCCCUGGGAUUUGUAAUUGAUGAGAGGACUGAAACCAUGUACGUAGCAGAUGCAUACCAUGGCAUAUGGAAGGUAGAUCUGAAGUCUAACAAGAAGCAGUUGCUUGUUUCACCCAGAGUUGAGAUUGAGAACCGCAAACCUAAGUUGUUUAACUUUAUUACGCUUGCUAAGAAUGGAGACUUGUACUGGACGGACAGCACCAGUGAUUUCCAUUUGAAGGAUGGUGCAAUCAGCAUGCUAACGGACCCAUCAGGAAGAUUGUUCCAUUACGAUGCUGGCCGAAACCAAAGCAAAGUGCUUGUUGACAAUCUCUGGUUCGCAAAUGGUGUGGCUUUAUCUCCUGACAAUGACUUCCUAGUGGUUGCAGAAAGUUCUAACACAAAGCUUACGAAAUACUAUCUAAAUGGACCCAAGAAAGGAAAAUCAGAAGUUUUUGUUGAUGGACUGCCAGGUGUUCCGGACAACGUGCGCGCGCUGCCGGACGGCUCGGGCGUGCUGGUGGCGCUCUACACCGUGUUCGAGGAGGGCCGCACUCCGAUCACGCACCUGCUGGCGCCCGCGCCGCUGGCGAGGAAGUUCCUGGCGCGUCUACAGCGACUCUUAGAAAUACCGUUUGAAUAUCUCAACACUCUAUAUCCUCACAUUGUGUUUGAAGAGAUUGUGUAUACUAUUGGACACUUCAAAACUAUAUCCGGCCUGACCCCACCCACAUCUGGCCUGCUGGUCGUAGAUUGGAAUGGAAACAUUGUUGCCGCAUAUUACAACACAGACGGAUCCUUAGGACAUGUAAGUGAUGCUAUUGUAUUCAACAACAAGCUACACACAGGCAAUCCGCAUCUACAAACUUUUGUUGGAACAGUGCCUGUGCCUCCUCUUUUGAAAAAGGCCUUUGAGACAUCAAAAAAACCUGAAGCACCCAAAGUUGAAAAAAAGACUCAACAAGCUGAACCCGUCCAAAAAGCACCUACAAAAAAGACUGAAGAAGCACCUAAAGCUAAAGUAGAAGUACCUAAAGCUGAAAUUAAAUCGAAAGUUGAAGAGAAAACUCAAGCUACCCCGAAGCCAGCUGAACAAGCAAACGUCAAGAAAGACGCGCCAAAAGUAGCUAAGCCAGCUGUUGAACCCAAACCCACACAGCAGAACAAGCCUGCUCAACAGGAGAAAGUGCCCCCUCCGGCACCAAAGACGACACCGCCGCCCAAACCUUCUGUAGCGAAGCAGGCUGCAGACAAAGAUACGAAACCUGAACCCAAAAUAAAAUCCAAACCUGAAGUGAACCCGACGCCACCACCUAAACAGGCCGAAAAAACUACGCCGCCACCAAAACCGUCGGAGAAAACAACACCACCUCCUAAACCAUCCCAGAAAGCAACAGAACCUCCCAAACCCACUACUCCGUCUCCUAAACCAGCACCUAAAGCGAAGGAAGCCGCUAAAGAAGCACCUAAAAAGGCUCAACCAGUGAAGCAAGACACUCCUAAAAGUGCUGAAGAGAAACCAAAACCAAUUCGAGAGGAAAUCCCGUCGGACACUAUCAAACCAACCAAGGAGAAACUAAAGGUUAUAAGAAAAGAUGGCCCUGCUGAAAUCCAUGUGCCUAAUCAGUGAGGAAAUGAGGUUGUAUUAAAUAAUAUGUAGUUGUUCUAAGAUCUCUCGGAAAAGGAACAAAUUACAGAAGGAGAUGGAAACAUUGGUUGUAGGUAUUUUUAUAUUGUUAGUAAUUGUAUAAGGUCUGCAAGAUGCAUUUAAUUGAUCGUGAUUGAUGGUAUGAUUGUUUUUAAAAUGACUAAAUCUAUCUUAACAUUCCAUUUUAAUUGUUAAUACGAGAUUAAAACUUUUUCGAUUUUUUUAAAGUAUCAAAAUUGUACCGAUUUGUGCAAAUAUUUGCAUUAGUACCCAAAGGGGCAGGGCCAAGUGAGCUUACUUCAGCGUUUAGAUAAAGUGAAGUCAAUUGGAAAUACUUAAAUCAUUUUAGAUUUUGUUUCUAUUUACAUAAUCGUAAUGCACCACAAUUAUUACUGAAACUACUAAGACGUCCGCAUCGAAAUACUUGUCUAACGAAUGAUUUCUCUAUCUAUACUACUAUGAUUUAUAUCUUUAUAUAUAUCUUCUCUUUCGCUAUAAUUUUCUCGGAAUUAAUUCUUAUACUCCAGAUUAAUCUCGACAAAAAAAUUAUUACACUAUUUACGACAAUGCGACACGACAUUGAUCAUUCAAACGCUUGUGUUUGUGGACGUUAAAAAUCAAACGGGCGCCGCCAUAGCGUGGUGCUAAAAACCUCACUUGACAUUUCCACAACCUCCUUUAUACAACAUGAAAAGACAAAUUAAUUCGAGACUGCACUGUAGAAAAAUAGUGUUUUGCACUGUUAUUAGUCCAAAUCUUAAACUAUUUAUAUCUAUUUAGUAUAAGGGUCAGAUCACACUGCUAGACAAGUAAAAUAUUUCCUAUCUAUUUGAGUCUCUGAAUUUUCCUCUACCUCAAUUUUUCACCCUCCGCUGCUUACGUCCCCCGCCACUCGCGGAUAGAUGAGAGUCACUAACGAAAUUUCCAAACUAUAUUGUGAAUUGGCCCUUAGUUCACCUACAAAAGUGUAGGCGUACCCCUUUUAGGCUAGAGAAAUAUUACAGAUACUCUAUUGAUUUAUUUUAUGAUUGUGAUAUAAAUAUAAACUUUAUUUAAAUUUUACAAAUUGGACCAAUCUUUAUUAUUUAUUUAAUCAAGUAAUUGAUAUGUUACAAAAAUAUGUUGGAGCAUCACACAAGUCUCGAUAAACUGCAGAUCGUUAAGCGUUUUUUUCUUUAUAUAUUUACGUUAAAUGUUUUAUAACAAAUCUGUUUACAAAUAGUUAUUGUUUUAGUGCAAAAUUGUACGUAAUUUCGUCACUUGUUACAUGUUGUGCCGUGUAUCGUUAGUUACCAGUCACCAAUUAGUGCAAUAUUAAUGUUUUAUGGAUGUUACUUCUUUGCAAAUGUUUUAAUAAUAGUCAUUUUCCCCUGUCAUUUCAGCACAAGCUAAUUAGGACCUUAAUUGGGAACAUAUUUUAAUCUGUAAUAAGUCGUAGGUUCGGCACAAACCUGGUGAGUUCAGUACGAUUCCACAAUUUAUUUGUAUUCUAAUUAUAUUAAUAUAAAUUUUCACCCAAAUCGUGUUCUUUACAAGACAUGUUUACUUAAGAUUAAUGUUACAUAUUUUUGUACAUAAUAUAAAUAUGACUUAAGUAUUACUUCGCCAGGUCUGAACCAAUCCUAAUGUCAUCUUUCAAUAGAUAUUGAUCUAAUUUAUGUAUAUUAUUCAAAGUCGUCGUUUACCUUCGAUCAAAUUGUAUCUAAAUCCUAAAAUUGAAGCAAUAUGUAACAAAAUGUAACAUUAACGAGUAUAAUAAUUGUUUCACGCAGUUAAUGUAACUCAGCAAUAUUUGAAGUGUAAGCAAUAAAAUAUUUUUUUAUUAUAUUGUACGUUUAUAUAUUAAAACAUUAAAAAUUUA